UUGUACGAUACGAUGAUCACUACCGGAGAAGAGAUAAGGUGUUUCUGGGGGCGCAAAUUGACGGCGGCGGCUGUUCUAUUCUGGAUGAACAAGUACAUGACCAUGAUAUUCUUAGUCUGGGACCUUGCGAGUUACUUUAACAUUUCCAAUGCAGUAAGUACGAUAGUUCUCUAUCUCAGUGACACCUAG